AUGGGACGCCUCCGUGGGCUUGAGCUUGAGAACUUCAAGCUGUACCGUGGCCACACCUCCAUUGGCCUUGGCACGCUGAAUUUCAUCCUGAUUGUCGGCCCCAAUGGUGCCGGCAAGUCGAAUAUGAUGGACGCGAUUCUGUUCGUGUUUGGUGUCCAGUCCCAACACUUGCGCAGUAGCAACGUGCGGGAUUUGAUUUACCGGGGCCGGCUACUGGAUGACGGUGACAAUGGUGACGACCCCACGCUGGCGCUGGUGACGGCCCACUACGAAAAGGAUGACGGUACGCAGAUUAAGCUUCAACGCAUCAUUCUGGGCCUGCUGAGCGAAUACCGUAUCAACGACAACGUGGUAUCGGCUAAGCGGUACUUGGAAGUGCUUUCAGGGGAAAACAUCCUCGUUCUGGCACGAAAUUUCCUCGUGUUUCAGGGUGACGUUGAGCUGGUGGCUUCGCGCCCUCCAUCAGAACUUGCCCAGUGGCUUGAAACCGUUAGUGGUAGUGCUGAAUUCCGUCAACGAUACGAUGAGUUGAAGGAGGAGCUUGAGAAGGCUCAGGAAGUGUCGGCACUGGCAUUCAAUCGCAAGCGUACUAUGAAUCACGAGCUGCGUCAAUACCGCGAACAGAUGGCGGAACAAAAGCAAUUCGAACAACACUUGGCCGCCAAAAAUGACGCGAUCGUUAUGCUCUACCUUUACAAAUUGUAUCAUAACGAACAGCGUCACCAGCAGCUCGUGGAGUCUAAAGAUCAGCAUCAGCUGCGCAUUGAUGAGGCCGCGGAGCUGGCGCAAGUCGCUGAAGCUAAAUACAAGGAAGCAGCACUGAAGUAUUCCCAGCAAGUGCUUGUGAUUGCUGACAGGGCGGAAGAGCUCAAACGCCAACGUCAAGAGCUUGAGACACGCACUCACGACCGCGUGCCAAUUGAUGCUAACAAGAAGUCUUUGUCUCGGAAAAUCCAUCAGAUCAAUAAUAAGCUUGGUGAUCUAGAAGCUGAUAGCGAGCGCCAGCAGAAGAAUGCUGCUGACGUUCGACGCCGUCUUGUUGAAGCUGAGCGACUCUACGAAGAAUUUGAGGCUUCUGCAGCUGAGGAUGCUAAUAUCCCUCCGGAAGCGAUUAGAGAAUACGAAAACCUCCGUCAAGAGUUCCUCAAGGGUGACGGGGCGGAACUCGAACAGGAGCAAACGCAAAUCGAUGGUGAUCAUCAAAUGGUUAUGCACCGGAUGAAGGCAAUCAAGAGCCAACGCGAAGACUUGAAGGAAAAAGUGGCUGAACUAGAAGAAACCGUGGAGCAGCAACUGGAACUCAAUCAAGUGAAACUGCAAAUCGCUGAUAUCUUGUCUCAAAAGAAGGAGAAGAACGAUACUCGCGCCCAGCUUGUCUCCACCAAGGAGUCUAUUGGCCUCCGCGAGCUCAAAUUGCAGCUGGAUCUCAAGGAAACGCUUGUCAAGUUAGACGAAGUUACUCUGGCCCAACGUGAAAGUGAGGCCCACCGUCGCUUUAUGGAGAACAUUGCUCUUCUCAAACGGCUUUUCCCUGGAGAUGUGUUGGGGACGGUAGCCGAUCUUCUUCGCCCUACUCAACAAAAGUGGGAUGUGGCACUUGCAACUGUAAUUGGUGCUCAGGCAAAAUCUGUGGUGGUCAAACUGGCAGCUACGGCUUAUAAGGCGGUGUCGCUUCUCAAAGAAAGACGUCUCGGACUGAUGACGUUCAUCCCGCUUGACUCGUUGGUGAUCAGUCCCGUCAACGUGUCGCAGUGGCGUCACCAUCCUCACACCACUCCCGCGGUAGAUGUGGUGUCUUAUGAUGAUCCCAAGCUCGAACUGGUGGUUAACUAUGUUGUGAGUGAUACCUUAAUCGUCGAAACCAUUACUCAAGCAACCACUCUCAAAUGGGAAGACCCCGAGCACCCUCUUCGUAAUCGUUUGGUCACAGCGGAAGGGGCAGUCAUCAAUUCUCAGGGUUACAUGACGGGUGGGGUACCGGCAGCGCUGGCGACUGCCACUCGUGUGUGGGAUGCGAAAGAAAUCACUACCUUAACCGAACGUAAGGAAGAACUUAUGGCUGAUCUCAAGGAACUUACCCUGAGACGACCCCUGGAAAUCCAAUUGUCGCAGUUGGCGGAGGAAAUCGCCGCUCUUGACGAACAACUCACUCCAUUGCGUCAACAAAAGACGAAGGCCGAACGGAUACUACAAGAUCGUCAAACUGAACUUGAACAUUACCGUAGUCGUAUUGGAGAAUUGGAGGCUGAAAUCACUCGAUACCAAGAAGAAUUGGAUGAGAUUGACCAACGUCGUGAGGAAUUGAGUGGUCGGUUAGCUUCUAUCCAGGAAGAGGUGUAUGGCGACUUCUGCCGCAAAUAUGGUUUCAUUCAGAUUGAUGAGUACGAGCGUACUACGGGGGCAACUCUUCGUGGACGUCUGAAGGAGAAGGUGGGAUUUGUUAGAGCCAUCGCUGCCCUUACGAAGCAACUCAACUUCGAAGAAGAGCGGGUAAGUGAACUCGAACUGCGGGCCGAUGCCUUGCGUGAACAAAGAGAUACUUUCGAAGAGGAACUCAACGAGUGCUUGAAGACUCUUGAAGAAAUUGACCUGCGAUUGGACAUUCUUAGUGCCGAGCUCGAAGUUACAGAAGAUGAAAACAAGAAUGCCGCUAAAGUUCAGCAGCAGCUUUUGAAACAAAGUAAGCAGGCUGAGACUGAAUGGCGCGAGUAUACUGAGGAGUUAGCCGCUGCUGAGGCCGCGGUGGCUGAAGUUGACGACUCCAUCAAUGCCACUGAUAUCCAAAGAGUAAGUCUCUUGAAGAAUGCCAAGUUGGAGAACGUCAACAUUCCUCUUGAAGACGGCGAGCUUACAGACUACUUGAAUGGCGAUGGCAGCUUAGAAGAUCUCGCUGGUGAUGCCUAUGACUUUGUCAUUGACUACGAAGACCUCCCGGACGAUUUGAAGGAAGAGGAUUACAGUCUCAAGCACGAAGCGACGCUCCAAGCGAAGGUAGAACUGAUUGCUGAGGCUCUCGAGAAGUUGACCCCCAACGCUAAGGCUCGUGAUCGCUUGAAGGAAGUGGAAGCUAAGUUGCGUAACUUUGAUGCUGACCACGGAAAGGCACGCCAAAAAGAGCGUCGUAUUCGUCAACAAUUUGAGGCAGUCAAACAGGAACGUACUGAUCGGUUUAUGGAGGCCUUUAAUGUGAUUCUGGCCAACAUUGACCCUAUCUACAAGGAACUUGCGCUGGUAGAUGGCGUUGGUGGUCAGGCGUACCUUACUGUUGAAAAUGAUGACGAACCUUAUCUCGGAGAAGUUAAGUUCCACGCAAUGCCACCGAUGAAACGGUUCAAAGAUAUGGAAUUGCUUCUGGGUGGUGAAAAGACUAUGGCAGCGUUGGCGCUUGUGUUUGCCAUUCAGCUGUGGCGCCCGGCACCGUUCUUUGUGUUGGAUGAAAUCGAUGCGGCGUUGGAUAAUGAAAAUGUUGGACGUAUCGCCAAGUAUAUCCGAGAACACGCUGGUGUUGAUGUUCAAUUCAUUGUCAUCUCGUUGAAGCCACAGUUUUACGACAAGCUGGAGGCGUUGGUCGGUAUCUACCGGGAACAAGAAGUUCACCUGCUGAAGACGGCGACGAUCGAUUUGAGAGAAUACGAAACCGCUGCUGCCGCCUAA